CCGGCCGCUUCUCCUCACUCCUUCCGGGUCGUCGCAAAGUUCGCCUGUGCUGCACAGAGCCGGGGACUGUCUUCAAAGGAGGGCUGUUGUCUGUCCUCUAUAGCUCCUCCUGCAGUGUGAGUGUCAGGUGUGUGUGCGUGCACCAUGGCUAGCCUCCUCCGAGUUGUGGCAGCCAGCUGCUCAGCGCCUGUGUUCAGCGGGGUUUCUGCUGUAAAGCUGCAGAGUGGCCGUACCAUCAAGUCAACAUGUCUGCGUUUUUUUAGGACCCAUCAAGCCCUCGGGCGAUGUGCUAGUCCAGGUAUUCCAUACAAACAACUCACAGUCGGCGUUCCCAAAGAAAUUUUCCAGAAUGAACGCAGAGUGGCGCUAUCGCCUGCCGGCGUCCAGGCACUCAUUAAACAGGGUUUCAAUGUUGUUGUGGAGUCCGGAGCUGGAGAGUCUUCCAAGUUCGGUGAUGAACAGUACGCCCAGGCUGGAGCAACAAUUAAAGACCUCAAAGAUGUCUUAGCCUCUGAUGUGGUGGUUAAGGUCCGUGCUCCUAUUUUCAACCCUGCUCUGGGUGUGCAUGAGGUGGAUAUGAUGAAGGAUGCAUCUACUUUGAUCAGCUUCAUCUAUCCAGCUCAGAACCCUGAGCUGAUGGACAUGCUGUCCAAGAAGAAAGCAACUGUCCUGGCUAUGGACCAGGUGCCCAGAGUCACCAUUGCCCAGGGUUACGAUGCACUGAGCUCCAUGGCAAACAUCGCAGGGUACAAGGCAGUGGUGCUGGCAGCUAACAGCUUUGGACGGUUUUUCACUGGACAAAUUACAGCAGCCGGGAAAGUGCCUCCUGCAAAGGUGCUCAUCAUUGGAGGUGGCGUGGCUGGGUUGGCAGCAGCGGGCACCGCCAGAGCCAUGGGAGCCAUUGUCAGAGGAUUUGAUACGAGAGCUGCAGCUUUGGAGCAGUUUAAAUCUCUGGGUGCAGAACCACUGGAGGUGGACAUUAAGGAGUCAGGAGAAGGCCAGGGAGGCUACGCCAAGGAAAUGUCUAAGGAGUUUAUAGAGGCAGAGAUGAAGCUGUUUGCUAAGCAGUGUCAGGACGUGGACAUUGUCAUCAGCACUGCUCUUAUCCCUGGUAGGCGGGCACCCAUCCUAAUCACCAAGCCAAUGGUAGAAAGUAUGAAAGAUGGCUCGGUGGUGGUGGACCUGGCUGCUGAGGCAGGUGGAAACAUUGAAACCACAGAACCUGGAGAGCUGUCUGUAUACAAGGGCGUGACCCAUGUUGGCUACACAGACCUACCCAGCCGUUUACCAACUCAGUCCAGCACUUUGUAUUCCAACAACAUCACCAAGUUGAUCCGGGCGAUCAGCCCUGACAAGGAGAACUUUUACUUUAAUGUCAAGGACGAGUUCGACUAUGGGACCAUGGAUCACGUUGUCAGAGGAUCUGUUGUCAUGGAGAAAGGAAAGAACCUGUUCCCCGCUCCUCAGCCUCUCAACGUGCCCGUCGCAGCGCCUCCUAAAACGAAGAGCGUCCAGGAACUGGAGGCAGAGAAGGCUGCACAGAUUUCCCCUUUCAGGGCCACACUCACCAGCGCUGGGGUUUACACUGGAGGCAUCGCCACCCUGCUUGGUCUGGGCCUGUCAGCUCCCAACGCUGCCUUCACUCAGAUAGUCACCACCUUUGGUCUGGCUGGCAUCGUGGGAUACCACACAGUGUGGGGAGUCACUCCUGCUUUGCACUCUCCUCUCAUGUCUGUCACCAACGCCAUCUCAGGUCUGACGGCUGUGGGUGGUCUGUCCCUGAUGGGAGGGGGCUACGUCCCAACUUCGACUGCUGAGACACUGGCUGUGCUCGCUGCCUUCAUCUCUUCGGUCAACAUUGCUGGUGGUUUUCUGGUGACUAAGAAGAUGUUGGACAUGUUCAAACGUCCCACUGAUCCCCCAGAGUACAACUACCUCUAUUUGCUUCCUGGUGGUGUCUUCGUCGGAGGCUACGCUGCUGCCCUGCAGUCUGGAUAUAACAUUGAACAGAUGAUGUACUUAGGCUCAGGCUUGUGCUGCGUUGGUGCCCUGGCUGGCCUUUCUAACCAGACCACAGCCCGUCUGGGUAACACUUUAGGUAUGAUGGGAGUCGCAGGCGGGAUUGCAGCCACUCUGGGUGCCCUCAAACCAAGUCCUGAGCUCCUGGCACAAAUGAGUGCAGCCAUGGCUGUGGGUGGCACUGCUGGCCUGGCCAUUGCUAAGAAGAUCCAGAUCAGUGACUUGCCCCAGCUGGUGGCUGCUUUCCACAGUUUGGUUGGCUUGGCUGCUGUGCUCACCUGUGUGGCUGAAUACAUGAUUGAGUACCCACACUUCGCCACAGACCCUGCAGCCAACCUCACCAAGAUAGUUGCGUAUCUUGGAGCCUACAUCGGUGGAGUCACUUUUAGCGGCUCUUUGGUAGCAUAUGGCAAACUGCAAGGUAUGUUGAACAGCGCUCCUCUGAUGCUCCCCGGUCGUCACGCCCUGAAUGCCACUCUUAUGGCAGCAAGUGUCGGUGGGAUGAUUCCCUACAUGCUGGAUCCAAGUUACACCACAGGCAUCACCUGUCUCGGAUCAGUGUCUGCUCUCUCUGCUGUCAUGGGUGUAACACUGACAGCAGCUAUUGGAGGUGCUGACAUGCCGGUGGUAAUCACCGUACUCAACAGUUACUCAGGCUGGGCCCUGUGUGCCGAGGGCUUCCUUCUCAACAACAACCUGCUGACCAUCGUCGGAGCUCUCAUCGGGUCAUCUGGAGCCAUUUUGUCAUAUAUUAUGUGUGUGGCCAUGAAUCGCUCACUGGCUAAUGUGAUCUUGGGAGGCUACGGCACAUCUUCCACCGGCACAGGAAAGCCCAUGGAGAUCACAGGGACACACACAGAAGUCAAUGUGGAUCAGACUGUCGAGAUGAUUAAAGAGGCCCAAAACAUAAUCAUCACUCCAGGUUACGGUCUCUGUGCUGCAAAGGCCCAGUACCCCAUUGCGGACUUGGUGAAGAUGCUCAAAGAGGCGGGCAAGAGUGUCAGGUUUGGUAUUCACCCGGUUGCUGGCCGCAUGCCUGGUCAGCUAAAUGUGCUGUUGGCUGAAGCUGGUGUCCCGUAUGACAUUGUCCUGGAAAUGGAGGAGAUCAAUGAGGAUUUCCCUGAAACUGACCUGGUCCUGGUGAUUGGCGCCAAUGACACAGUUAACUCAGCGGCCCAAGAAGACCCCAACUCCAUCAUCGCUGGUAUGCCCGUGCUGGAAGUCUGGAAGGCGAAGCAGGUGAUUGUGAUGAAACGCUCCCUGGGUGUGGGUUACGCAGCUGUUGACAACCCCAUCUUCUACAAACCCAACACUGCAAUGUUGUUAGGCGAUGCUAAGAAGACUUGCGAUGCCCUACAAGCCAAGGUCCGCGAGUCCCAGUAAUGUGCCCCCUGCCUCAACCAGGCACCUCCACUGAGAGCACACACAUGGAGAGAGAAAGGACGACAACAAUAAGGCUUAGUUUUUCCAAAAGUAUUCCAGCAUUCAGUUCAUCUUUGUCCAAUUUGUAACGCAGCCAAGUGAACAAAGAUGAUUAAUAGGGUAAAAGCUUUUCUGCAAACCCUUUCUGUGAUCUAUAAAUAAAAGCAAAUUUGCUUUUGCAAUCAGAGCUGAAUAAUGCAGAUAUUGUAGAUUUAUCAUUUCCUAAUGAGGUAAUGCACAACUCUUUUAUUUCUAGAUCUUAAAGAAAGGGUUUGUCAACUUUCUGCAUGUCUUCUGUUUAAUAAGGGGAGCAGCUGACAGCGAGUCAUCUUCAUUACAGAGACGUAUAUUAAUGUAAAACAGCCACAAAUGUAGAUAAGAUGUUAGAGAUGAUGCAUUUCACUGUUAAGGUGUUUUAGAAAAUAGCCAAUAGCUAAAAGAAAUAUUAGACUUGGAUUGGAAUUUAAAAAAUAUGAUGGUGAAUCACAAGAGGAGGUAUGACAGACUUAAGCGCUAACAUUUUACCACCCUGUAAAGAUUCCUCGCCCCUUUUCCCCCCCAAUUUGGUUUUGUUUUAGUCAUGUGUUCCCUUUGAUAGAUCUGCUCUUUUUCUCCCCUGUACAAGUAAAAGGGAAAAAGGCAGAAUAGUGCAACAUUUCAGUUCCAGUUUUAUACUGUAUUGGGAGAUUUUUUUUGUAUUUGGUCUAAUAAUUAUUUUAGAAAAUGUCUGUAUUUAGUGCUGUUUUGCUUUUUCUCUUUUCACUUGAGUGUAUCUCGUGACCUUCCAUCAAGAAAACAGCUGAGAAAAAAUCCAUUCAGACUUCUUCUGUCAGAUGAGCAAUGCAAUAAACCAAAAGGAUCUGAACGUUAUGUGUGCCACCACAGCUGUGCAGAACGCUAGUGAAGCCCGUCUCACUCUUACAAACACUCUGAUAGCCGACUGGAUUUUUAUGAUGUGUUUGAGCCAGAUGUGUUUCUUCUUUCUGUGUGGUUCAGAUAUUACAGUACACUAAAUGCUAUCCUGCUGGCCUUAAUGGUAAAGAAGGUUUAGUUUUUCUCCUUUUAAGUGAAUGUGGCUCAUCCACUCCAAUGCGUGCCCUCAUUAUUGCUCUGCGGUGAAAUGAAGGUUUGUAAAGUAGGGCCAUAUGUCAGUCGGCCUUGUUGCGUCGAGCCUAAGCAACUAAGCAGUUAUUUAAUUAAAAUUGUUGCCACGAUCCAGCAGAUAUGAGGUGUCCGUUAUCAUGAAGUACUUCUAAAAUCUUUAUUUCUUCCUUUCUUUUAUUAAAGUCCAAAACACAAAAAAAGUGCCAAAUGGCCCCUCGAAUUCGGAAAGAUUUGCGUUAUGAAAAAACACUUGAGUAGAUCACAGACCGAAAAAAGAUGGCAGCUUCCACUUUCUACCUAUUGUGUCACAACUGAGUCACGUUUGAAUGUGCUCCAUUUAUUUUCUGCUGCGGUUGCACUGCUGCAGCAGAUCAAUUGGCAAGAAUGUAUAUUGUGGCGUAAUUUGAACUAAUAUGUGAGCAGUCUUCAUCACUUUGUAAUCUACAAGUACUGUAUGCAUUAGUUGUUAUAGUAUCAUCCUGGGACCUGAUAUGUUGACAACUGUCCUACCUCUCCAUGAAAUGGCCAAUACCUUUCCACGGGACCUUCACCUGACCAGUCACCUAUUACAUAAUCAAGCACAGGAUCAGGACAGACAAAUUCCAACCAAACACAGGACCAAUAGCCUUCUGUUUUGUGUUUAUGUUGCAUUUUUUUUAACCACCUGACCUCAGUUUGCUGCCAGCAUGUUUGCUUCAUUGUGCAAGUGUAGAGCUGCACAUGUCACUAGUGCUCAUGAGGGCCUAUCGUUCUCACGUCUUAGCUUCCACAAGGAAAUGCAUUCUUUGUCUGAUAUCGAGCAAAUUAAAAGUGAUGGAAAAUCUUGAUAAUUCUGCUAGUAUCCCUCCCCCCUUAUGCCUGUUGUGUUUCUUCUUCUUUUUAAGGAAAGUAUUUUUGUAAAGAGGCAGGGCAACAAUGAGCUUUUAAAGUUGUACAACGUUUCAGUGCACCAUGUUAUGGAGACGAACUGAUGAAAUGUACUGUGAACUUGUUUUUUCCCCUCUUUUGUUUGUCAUGGAACAUUUUCAUCCCUAAUAAAUCUGUAUUUACACAA